CCGCUGGUGACAAUAAUAAAGAUUCGUUUAUCACAGCCAGAUAUUUACCACAGUAACCAUGGUGAUUUGCAUCAAGAUAUUAUUUCUUUCCUCACUUUAUCUUAACAUUUUUUGUUUUAUUUACUAGAGAGCUGUACUUCCGUUACCCUUACAAUCUCUUUGACUUGUAUGUUUCCACGGAGGUUUUGGUGUGAUUGAAUAUAUCUUCACACUAAAUAUCGAUUUGUAUAGCAUAACAGAUUAACAGAUGACAUUGGUAUAAAACGACAUUUUGUACAUUGGAUACAUCUGGAAUAUUUACCAUGUUUUUUGAAGAUGAAAGGAAAAUGUUUUAGAGAACAGAUAUAAAGUGCUAUAAAUCUAGGGUUGAAUUACUGUGAAAUAUUUUCCCUAAGCUGAGAUUCAUAGCAACAUUUCUCCCUCAUAACACCUGGUGCUUUUGCAUUCUAAUUAAACUUGAAUAUAUUAGCAAAGCAAUUUCCACAAAUUUAGAUAUCCAUAACUUGAUAGCAGCAGAAAUAUUUCGAAACUUCAAUGGUUGGAUUUAUUUGUAUCCCUUAGAGAAAUGUCAAAAGCAUUAGGAAAAUUACGAUAUUGUUGUAAAAUUUGUGGUAAAUCAAGCUCUACAAGUAGUAACUUGGUUAAACACAUUCGUGUUCAUACAGGUGAGAAGCCAUUUCGCUGUGAUACCUGUGGUAAAUCAUUCUCUCAAAAGAAUGGCUUAAGUCAGCACUUAAGUAUUCAUACAGGAGAGAAACCAUAUCAUUGUGAUAUUUGUGGUAAAUCAUUCUGUGAAAAGAAUAAAUUAAGUAAACACAAACAUAUUCAUACAGGAGAGAAACCAUAUCACUGUGAUUUCUGUGGUAAAUCAUUCUCUGAAAAGAAUAGCUUAAUUACACACAAAUAUAUUCAUACAGGUGAGAAGCCAUUUCACUGUGAUACCUGUGGUAAAUCAUUCUCCGGAAGGGGUAGCUUACUUACACACAAAUAUACUCAUACAGGUGAGAAGCCAUUUCAAUGUGAUACCUGUGGUAAAUCAUUCUCUUCAAAACGUCGCUUAAUUAUACACAAAUAUGUUCAUACAGGUGAGAAGCCAUUUCACUGUGAUACCUGUGGUAAAUCAUUCUCAGAAAAGAAUAAGUUAACUAAACACAUACGUAUUCAUACAGGAGAGAAACCAUAUCAUUGUAUCUGUGGUAAAUCAUUCUCUACAAACUGUAACUUACUUGCACACACUUAUAUUCAUACAGGUGAUGAGCCAUUUAAAUGUGAUACCUGUGGUAAAUCAUUCUCUAGAAAGAAUAAUUUUAACAGACACAUACGUAUUCAUACAGGUGAGAAGCCAUUUCACUGUGAUACCUGUGGUAAAUCAUUCUCUGAACAGAAUUCCUUAAAUAAACACAUACGUGUUCAUACAAGAGAGAAACCACAUCACUGUGAUAUCUGUGGUAAAUCAUUCUCUGCAAAAGGUAGCUUAAUUAGACACAAAUAUAUUCAUACAGGUGAGAAACAAUUUCGCUGUGAUACCUGCGGUAAAUCAUUCUCUGUAAAAUGUAACUUAAUUAAACACAAAUAUGUUCAUACAGGUGAGAAGCCAUUUCACUGUAAUACCUGUGGUAAAUCAUUCUCUCAAAGGAAUCACUUAAGUAGUCACAAACGUAUUCAUACAGGAGAGAAGCCAUAUCACUGUGAUAUUUGUGGUAAAUCAUUCUCUGCAAAAAAUAGCUUAAUUACACACAAAUAUAUUCAUACAGGUGAGAAGCCAUUUCAUUGUGAUACCUGUGGAAAAACAUUCUCUAUAAAAGGCACCUUAACUAGACACAAACAUAUUCAUACAAGAGAAAAGCUGAGAUCAAGUAGAUCAUUCUCUCAGAAACGUAACAUUACUACACAUGCAUCUAUCCAUGUAAAAGUGUGAUUAUAUUAUUGUCAAAAUUUAUUAGAACACCCAAGAACCAAUAUUUUAAAACCAUUUUCCCUGCUAAAUCAUAGCUUAACUUUUGUGCCCUUAACAAUAAUCAUUGAACCCUUGUCCGCAACCAUACCUGUUUCAGGUAUAAACAUACUUCUAUAUCUAUUCCAUAUAACAUACUCCAAGGAUAUAGGAAAGAUACUGUUGCUAUAUUUAAUAUUGUGAGUAAAUAAUAAGACAGCAAGGUGGCAGAAUUGUUUGCAUGUCUGGUAAAAUGGUUAUUAACAAGUUACGAAAAGAAAUGAAGGAAAUGACCAAGUUGAAGAUUUUCGUGAUGAAAAGUAAUAAAAGACUUGGUUGAAUGAAGAAGAAUGCAAAUGCCAUGAACCAUAACUGCAAAUGUCCUUAAUAAUCUGUAGAACAAAAACCAGAAAUGUAUCCAGAGAUGUUGUGGUGAUUGAAGUAAAAUAAUGGCCAACAGAAGACAUGUUGGAAGAGAAAGCACAAUUAGCAUAUCUGGAAAAAGUCUUUCACUCAGAAACAUAAUCAUCAUCAUCGUUUAACGUCCGCUUUCCAUGCUAGCAUGGGUUGGACGAUUUGACUGAGGACUGGUGAAACCGGAUGGCAACACCAGGCUCCAGUCUAAUUUGGCAGAGUUUCUACAGCUGGAUGCCCUUCCUAACGCCAACCACUCAGAGAGUGUAGUGGGUGCUUUUACGUGUCACCCGCACGAAUCUAAAUGCAAAUAUUAAUCCGGGAGAGAAUCCAUUUCACUGUGAUAUCUGUUAUAAUAACAUUGUCAUUAAUCAGAAAUGUAUUCAUACAAGGGACAAGCCAUAUCAUUGCGAUUUCUGUAGUAAAUCAUUCUCUCAAUUAAAUAUAUAUCUAUCUAUACAAAAGUGUUACUAUAUCAUUGUCAAAAUGAAUUGCAUUUCAUAACAACCAACAUAUUAAAAUGUUUUUUUAUUCCUGAUGGACCCUGAGUUAGUGUAGAAUCAUAUAGUUGGUAGGGGGUACGGAGUAUACCUAUAUAUUUAUAAUUCAUUAUAAAUAUACUUAUUAUGACUGAUUGGGAAGAAAGUGUUAGAACUGAGGGGAAAACAGUGUAAUCACUGUACAGUAUGAAUGCAGACUAGACUGGUUGGGGUCAUAAGGCAAUAUUAUAUAUAUUAUAGAACAAGU